GGCUAAUGUUUAAUGGCGAUGACCCAUCCAGCAAAUCCACAACUCCGUUUUGUCCGGAUCGCGGUCUUAUGAAUCAGCUCCAAUUGUGCUUAACGUGCUUAAUGGGGGUUCAUGGCCAUUUACGACAAUUCCCAGAAAGAUACAAAGACUGUCCGAGUUCCUCCUCAUGAUCGUUUCUAAUUCCUCCAUAUCAUAUCAUCCUCAUCAAUCAAUCAUACACACACAACAAGUCUACAAUACAAGUCUACAAGUCUACAACAUUACCUCUGCUUCCUUAUCCAACAUCCAAUCUCAACAUUCAAAGCAAAAGUGUUACCGUCACAUCCCGGCUAUCACUUAUCGACAUAUCAGUCCAGUCAUUCACCCUCGGCUUUUCGUCUAAAAAAACACAAGCGUUGCCUUGAGUCAUUCAACAUCUUGCAGCAUUGCAGCAUAAAUAUUAAUACAAAAUGUCAAACAUUUCCAGAAGUCCCCUUUCCUCCCCAACACCUCAAUCACAACCACAAUCUCAAUCACCACUAUCGCCAUUGAAGAGAAAGAAGAUGUCGAUUACUCAAACGUACUACCUUGCUCACACUGCUCGAGGAAAGCUCUCUUUCGAGGCUUCCCGAGCAGACCACGACCUUCGUCUUCUUGUCGGCCAUGCAAACCUUCUCGAUUCAUUAAUGCUUGAGCUUGCCGAAGCUGAGCAAGAGCAAGAAAGCUGGUUCAACCAAUCCGUCCGCAAGGCUACCAAGCAGGAAGAACCAAAGCACAUUCAAUGGGCCGAUAACGUGGUCGAAGAACUUGACGAAGAAGAAGAAGACUGGGAAACAUCCGACCUCGACAAUGACGACUCCUCAGAUGAAGAAAGCGAAUUCGAUUCGGAUGAAGAGAUUGACGAGCCUACCAUGACUUCAUUAACCCGCGUCCACUCAAACAACAUCACAGUCUCAUCGCGAGAAGUUGAGGAAGAUGAGGAGAGCUUUGAAGAUGAUGGCGAGGAAGAUUACUCCAGUCUCCAACUUCACCUCACCAAGUCACAUCACGCUGCAUCAUCACCACCAGAACUUGACCACGAUUCCGACUCCUCAGAAGAUGAAUCAAUGCCACCAUCUCCACCAUCUGAUACCAUCCCAACCUUCUCGGAAAAACAACAAAUCGCUACCACAUCCUAUUACAGCAAGGCCGCUCCCUCCGCAUCGAUACCACAAUCCGAACAACAAACUUUCUUCGACGAAGGUUUUUAUUUACCUCCUCGACAAUCACAGGGUCUAAUAAGUGCCAUUAGCGUUUAUUAAACGCCCAAUUUCUUAAGAUUGUCUACGAGUUACGGAUUGUAUAUUAUAAUGGGAAUAGGAUUUGAGCGAAUUUGAGCGAAACAUUUCGAGCGGGCAUUUGGGAGUUUCUGAGCAUAUCAUGGGAUUUUUUUCGUGGGCACGAUUGAAAGAGAGGACCACGCGGUUACUUUUAUUUAUGAUCGGAUGGAAGGAUGAAUCGGAUAUAGGAUUCAGAGAUACAGAAUGGAUAUUCACACCACUCAUGCAGGGACAUUAGGAGUUAAAGGGAGAAUUUUCACAUUCACAUUCACAUUCAGAUGUUUGGAGAUGGAGAUGGAUGGGACGAGGAAUCAGGAAGGAUAAAUUUUUAAGUUAUCGGGAUUUGCGAUAAGAGAUGACGAUCGCUGGAUGGGAUGGGAUGGGAUGGGAUGGAUUAGAUAACUCCCAACUUUUAUCAUUUGGUUGAGCAAUCUAGGAAUACAUACAAACAAAAAGUUUUAGCAUAGCAAUAAUCAAUAUUAAGAUAUCAAACAAACCA